GGGCCGUUCAUCAGUCAGUGCCGAUUGUGUUUGUGAAAGGCAGAAGAGAUGGAUGACAUCGAUGCUAUGUUCAGUCACCUGCUGGGAGAGAUGGAUCAUCUCUCUCAGAGUCUAGAACAAGCAGCAGGUUCAUCAGGAGUGGAUGUGACUCCACAAGAGAGCUCCUUCUCCAUUGGCUUCAACAAUCUGAACGAGUCUCUUAAUGAGCUGGAGGACCAUGACCUGGAUGCUCUUGUAGCUGAUCUGGAGUCAAAGACAACUGGACAACAAUGUCCCAAUCAUGAAGACACCAGAAACCCUACAGGAAAUCAAACCAUGCUCCCUGCCAUUUAUCAAGAGUCUGAGCCUGUAGUGACCUUUCCUGUGGUUACCACACAGUCAUCAAGAGCAGUGAAAAUAAAUGAACCCCAAACAAAGGCAGACAAAAUUAAAGUUGCGCUGGAGAAACUGAAGGAAGCCAAAGUGAGGAAGCUGAUAAUAAAGGUGCUGAUGAGUGACAACAGCUCCAAGACUCUAAUGGUGGACGAGAGACAGACAGUCAGAGACGUUUUGGACAAGCUGUUUGAGAAGACACACUGCGAGAGCAGCAUCGAUUGGAGCCUGUGUGAAAGCAAUCCUGAGAUGCAGAUUGAAAGAGCCUUUGAGGAUCAUGAAUGUCUUGUGGAACCGCUGUCUGCUUGGAGCCGGCACAGUGAAAACAAACUCUAUUUCUUGUCAACACCUCAAAAGUAUAUGAUGUUCACAGAGCCUCAGAUUUUUUACAUGUGGAAGAAGAAAUCUAGCAUGAGUAGCAUAAAUAGCCAAGCCAAAGAGCUGCUUAUCAAGGAGCAUUUUGGAGGUUCUACAGUUAUUGUCCCUAAUCUUGAGGGCAUGUUAUAUCUAAAAGAGGAUGGGAAGAAGGUUUGGAAACCUCGCUACUUCAUGCUUAGGGCCUCUGGGAUCUAUUAUGUCCCCAAAGGAAAAACAAAGUCUUCCUCUGAUCUCGCCUGUUUUAUUCGCUUUGAAAAAGUCAACAUCUACACCACCUCCAGCUACAAACAGAAAUACAGAGCUCCCACAGACUUCAGUUUUCUGUUAAAGCAUCCCUGCAUUCAGAAGGAGUCUCCCUACAUGAAGUUCCUGUGCUGUGAAGACAAACAGACGCUGCUGCUAUGGGUCAACUCUAUCAGAAUAGCAAAGUAUGGUACUGCUCUGUACAAGAACUAUCAAGCUGCGGUGAAUAGAGCAUCCGCUGUGCAAAUUCCCUAGUCUGCAGCAAAGAGGCAAAUCCAACAGUCAUACCUCUCUGGAAAGCCCAUACCCAGGUCCAUUAGUCAAAUCCAAUGAAGGUGUCCCUACUGAAUCACCCUCUGACUUCAUCCAUCCUCUUCCUUCUGGAUGAGAACAUCCUUGAGACUUCUGCACAACAUCUUGCCUGAGAGCUGGUAUUAAAAUGCAGGCCACUUUUACUGGCACCUCUGGUAAAGAUGUGUAAAAAAAAUAAACCAGUUUUUAAUUGCAGUUUUCAUGAUUUGAAGAUGUUUGAGUUUUGUUUUUGGUCUUGUCUCUGAUCGUGAUAGUUAAUGUUUUCCAGCUGGUGCUUCAGUGCAUUCCUUUACGUUCUCACUUGUUCUGGGUAUCGUGCAUUUUACUUCUGUUAUUUUUAUAUUUAUCUUUUAAUUUCAUUGUCAUUGUUUCUCUGUUCAGCAGUCAGCUUUAUUCGGUCCACCUGCUCUAUGCUCAUCAGUCUCACUGUUUCCACCUGUGCCAUGGUCAAUAUUUACUCGUCUGUUCAGUUUACUCUUCGCUGGAGUAUAGUGUCUGUCCAUGCCUGUUUGCCGCGGCAAGCCUGUCCAUGUGCAUGCCUGCCACUGUUACCACCUGCCUGUUGUGAGUUUUUCUUUUGAAAAUUAAACAUUUUUCACUUAC